CAACCACCAAUUCCUGCGAAUUGUCUUUUGAAAUUGCAAAUUCAAAACAGACACUCCAAAGCCAGCAAAAUAUACCUGCAAAGCUGUCUCCAAAGUCAUUAUAUUCAGUGUCCGUUUUGAGAAGUGUUCCACACUGGUGGUCUUCUUUUGUAUGCGGCGGGUGUCCAGUGUGGCUGUGUUGAUUAUGGCGCAUGGUUUGGAACUCAAUUGAUUGAAAUUGAAUUGGUGCGUUUCUCCAGCUGGAACAGAUGAAGUUAUUGGUUGUGGAUUUGCAAACAACAACAGCAAAAAAGUUCUGUGGAUUGCGAGAAGAGAGAGAAUACUGAGUCUACUGAAGAUAUGUCUACUGUUUCUAACCCCAACACCCCAAAGUUUCUCUCUAACGACCCCCUAAAUGAGGAUGAUGAGUAUGAUAGCAAUGCCAGUGGUAGUAUUAUCAAUGAAACGACUCCUAGCAACGAGAAAGAUGGCAAGAUGAAAAUGAGUGUCAGCGAUUACAAUGAUAAUGAAGACAUCUCGAUUUCAAGGAUAAUAAAAGAUGAGUAUGAGUCGAUAAGUCUAUUUGGGGAUAACCUCAAAAGCAGUAUUAAAGACGAUAUUAAGAACGAAACGCUUGAUUCACCAAAACCAUUAAACUCAAGUUUAGAUUCAGAUUCCAACCCAAUCUCAGGUUUGGGCCCAGCUUUAAAUUUGAAUAAUCAAAAUCAAAAGGGUGAUAUUUCUAACAGUGUUCCAUCGAUCAAGUUAAAACUUCCUGAACAAUCUGAACCAAAUGAUAUCAAUUUGAAAUUAAAUUCUAGUUUUGAUAAUCAACAGAAAAAAGGUCUUCAUAAAAGCGAUUUAGAUAAAAUCAAUGAAAUUAAUAAUGACAACAGUGAAGAUAAUAAUAUUGAAGAGCGAGGUUUUAAAACAGAAGGUAAUAAUGAUACAUUAACAUAUUUCACAGAAGACGAUGAUUCUCAAGUACAAUGGGAGGAAAGCUUGAAUCAAUUGCAUGCUUUGGUUAAUUUUAUUGUAUUACCAUUAGUUGGGAAAAUGUUAGGAAGAAGAUUUGCAAAUCUAUUAUGGUCCAAAAUAGCUGAUAGAAUAUGGAGAUGAUUUACUUUGAUUUGGUUCAAUUUACACAGCACAAUAUUUAAAUUUAUAUACUUAUACACAUAUAUAUAUAUCUUAUUCAUUUAUGAGUGAAAACAAAAA